CAGAGUGGGAAGCGAGAGCUCGCCCCGCCCCGGCCGCAAAGCACCCUGGGAAGAGCCAGGGGCUCCGACUCCCCCGCAGGCGCGCGGCGCAGCGCAGACAGCCGGCAGCGCCGAGCACGCGUGUGCGGACAGCGGCACUCGCCCCGCCGGUGCUGGGACCCUGAGCCGAGCGGAUCAGCAGCCUCCAGAGGAAGGGCCUGUGAACCUGGAGCCGCAGAGACCCUCCCCAGGGAGACGGGGACAGAGCGGCUCCCUGACACCUGGGCCGGGCCAGCUGCAAGAGGGGCAGGGCAGGCCGGCGAAGCAGGGGCAGAGCAUGGAGCUCCAGGAGGUGUUUGAGGCCGUGGCAGUGUACUUCACACAGGAGGAGUGGGAUCUGCUGAAAGAGGAAGACAAGGGGCUUUACCGGGACCAGAUGCUGAGGAACUACCAAGCCCUCGUUUCCCUGGCAGGGUAUCGAGGCCCCGCCCCUGACUUGAUCUGCCGCAUCCAGGGAGGACAGGUGGAGCUCUGGGUCUGCUGUGAUGAGGACCGUGGGGCAAUCUCGAGGUCGGAGGACGUGCUGCCAGGACAUGCCUGGUUGCUGAGCAGAACUGAGGAGCAGGAUCCUAAGGAAGGGCCAGGAAAGCUGGAGCCACCAUGGGCUUCCCUGGGGAGUGUAGGACAUGCCUGGUUGCUGAUCAGAACUGAGGAGCAGGCUCGUGAGGAAGGGCCUGAAAAGCUGGAGCCACCAUGGGCUUCCCUGGGGAGUAUGGGUGAGGUGGAUUCCCUGAGGCCAGCGAAGAACCAGUGGCACAAGGAUCAGGGGAUGCCCCCAAAGCAGGAGAAAGUAGCAGCGAACGAGGUCCCGUCUCUAGUUGGUCAUUGGAGUGAAGAAGGGAAACAAGCCCGAAAGAGCCCAAGGUGCAGGGAUGAAUAUGUCAUGCUGAGACACCGGAAGAGGCAGAAAGGAAAGGUCGACUGGAGAGAGUCACUGCAAGCAAACCAGGGCAGUGUGGGUGGCUUCAGAGGGAAGCAGGAGCCCACUACCAAGCGCAGGGCGAGAGCCCACUCCUGCCCUGAGUGCAGGAAGAGUUUUAGCUGCCCCUCGCGCCUGGCUCUGCACAAGAUAAAGCAUGCUGGGGAGAAGCCCCAUGUUAGCACCAAGUGUGGGAAGAGCUUGACCAGCCUCUCUGUGCAGAGGAGGCAGCAGCCACACAGCUGCACAAGGUGUGGGAAGAGCUUCGGGCAGCCCUCCAGUCUAGCCAGGCACAGGUGCAUGCACACAAGGGAGAAGCGUCAUCCUUGUUGUGUGUGUGGGAAGAGCUUCAUCUCCUUGUCCAAACUGGCUCGACACCAGGUUAUCCACACAGGGGAGAAGCCACAUAAGUGCUCUGAAUCUGGGAAGAGCUUUGCCCAAACCUGCAACCUGAGCAAGCACCAGCGCAUCCACACAGGGGAGAAGCCAUAUCACUGUUCUGUGUGUGGGAAGAGCUUCACCUACCCCUCCGACCUGGUCCGGCAUCACCUGACCCACGAGCGGGAGAAGCCACAUCAGUGCUGUGUGUGUGGGAAGAGCUUCACGCAAUCCUCCUCCCUGACCAUGCACCAGUGCAUCCACACUGGGGAGAACCCACAUCGCUGCUCUGUGUGUGGGAAGAGGUUCACCCGGUCCUCCUACCUGACCCUGCACCAGCGUGUCCAUACUGGGGAGAAGCCACAUCACUGCUCUGUGUGUGGGAAGAGCUUCGCCCAAUCCUCCUCCCUGAAUGUGCACCAGCGCAUCCACACUGGGGAGAAGCCACAUCGCUGCUUUGUGUGUGGGAAGAGGUUCACCCGGUCCUCCUACCUGACCAUGCACCAGCGCAUCCACACUGGGGAGAAGCCACAUCACUGCUCUGUCUGUGGGAAGAGCUUCGCCCAAUCCUCCUCCCUGAAUGUGCACCAGCGCAUCCACACUGGGGAGAAGCCACAUCGCUGCUCUGAGUGUGGGAAGAGCUUCGCUCAAUCCUCCUCCCUGAAUGUGCACCAGCGCAUCCACACAGGGGAGAAGCCACAUCAGUGCUCUGUGUGUGGGAAGAGUUUCACCUUGUCUUAUGCCCUGGUCCAGCAUCAGCUGAUCCACACGGGGGAGAAGACAUAUCAGUGCUCUGUGUGUGGGAAGAGCUUCACCCAGUCCUCCUCCCUGACCCAUCACCAGCGCAUCCACACGGGGGAGAAGCCACAUCAGUGCUUUGUGUGUGGAAAGACUUUCACCUGGUCUUCUGCCCUAGUCCAGCAUCAGCUGAUCCACACAGGGGAGAAGCCGUAUCAGUGCUCUGUGUGUGGAAAGAGCUUCGUGCGAUCCUCCCACCUAGCCCGGCACCAGCGCAUCCACAAAGAAGAGAAGCCGCGUCAUUGCUCUUAGUGUAGGGAGAGCUUCACCUACUCCUCCAGGUUGUGCCGAACACCAGUGCAUCUACACAGGGGAGAAGCUACAUGGGUGCCCUGAGUAUUGGAAAAGCUUCACCCAUCUCUCCCACCCCUCCUGGAAUCAGCACAUGCACACCCAGAAGCAUCCCUAAUUCUGCCAGCAGUGCAGGAAGGGCUUGGAGAUGUCUGCCUGCUCAGCACCCACCAGUGCUGCAUUCAGACAAGCACCCCCAUGCCGGUGGAGUGCAGAAAGAUUUUGCUCAGGCUGUGUCCCUUGUAGGGUACAGUGGGAGUCCAGAGCCCAGAGGCUGGCCCACAAGGAUUGAUUGUGGGGUGGGGCUAAGAACAAACACCUUAGGUAGACAUCAGCCCCCAUGCAGGGCAAGGAGAAGAGAUGAUCUUGCAUCAGCCUUGGAGCCUGUGCAUUCCCCAUCCUUCUCUAAAAGCAAAUAGUACUCCCAGGGGAAGAAGUGCCUUAACGGUAGGGUGCCCUCCCCAAGACAGCUGGCGUGAAAUGACACCCAGGGACUUUCCGUGGCUGCCUCCCAGCUUUCUCCUUCCUCCUGGUCCAGGGCUUCUGGUAUGUGAGCCCCUGAGUUGGAGGGAGGAGUGCAUUUCUGGCUGGGCAGCAUUCCCUACCCUCCUCCCUGACCUUGCCUUUCCUCACCCCCACAUCACCCCUCUCCCAGACCUGCACAUGCACAAUGUGUCUGCCAGGAGCUGCUACUGCCACCCCUUGAGCUGGUUGUUAGACCCCGACUCUGUGAGAUGCCCAAAAUUAGGGAGGCAGUGGAUCGAUGCACAAGUUGCUUGUCAACUGCUUUAUUCCAAGUGGAGACAGCUUCGGGCCAGCUUCAAUAAACAGGGGAGCUGCAGUGAA